CUCUCUUCUCCAUAACGAUAACCAAGCACAAUCACCAUUGCUACUCACUUCUUUUCCGCCAUGGCUGCUUCUGCUACAGCUUCAGCUUCAGCUUCCUCGUCAACACUCUUCUCAACUUUGGAACCUCAAUUUUCUCUCUCCUCCAACCGCACCCCCUUCCACUCCAAACUCUCUCUUCCUCGCCGUCAAUUCCGCCUACCUAACCGCCCUCUCACAGUUUCCGCCGCCGUAUCUUCGCCGGCUCCGGUGGUUUCAAAUUCUCCCGGCGAUUUCGUCUCCUCUAUUCUCUCCAAGAUCAAAGCCAAAUUGGCGCCUAAUAAUGCCGGUGAUCUCGUCUCGGACAUCCUCUCUAAGGUCACGGAAACAGAUCGAGGUGUUUUAUUAACAAAAGAAGAGCAAAAGGAAGUUGGUGAAAUUGCUGAAGAACUACAGAAAUAUUGUGUUGAUGCUCCAGUAAAAUGUCCUCUCAUUUUUGGAGAGUGGGAUGUGGUUUAUUGUUCAAAUCCAACUUCACCUGGUGGUGGCUACCGGAGUGCAAUAGGACGUCUUGUGUUUAAGACAAACGAAAUGAUUCAAGUUGUUGAAGCUCCUGAUAUUGUGAGGAACAAAGUAUCCUUUUCUGCUUUUGGUUUCCUUGAUGGUGAGGUAUCUUUGAAAGGUAAGCUGAUAGCUUUGGAUGAGAGUUGGAUUCAGGUUAUAUUCGAGGCCCCUGAAUUGAAGGUAGGAGGACUUGAAUUUCAGUAUGGUGGACAGAGUGAGGUCAAGCUGCAGAUUACUUAUGUAGAUAAGAAAGUCAGAUUGGGGAAAGGUUCUAGAGGAUCAUUGUUUGUUUUCCAAAGACGUUAAUGAAUUAUGUUAUUUAUUUAUAUUCUUAUCUAAUACACAACUGCCAAGAAGUCUUGUACUGCAACUUGGGUUGAUUCUUUCGGCUUAUAAGUGCGAAUCACUGGUCCUGCAAACUUCGGUUGCCAUUUCUGAUGCAUAAGUCCGUUUUGACAGUAAACAACCAGCAUGCCGAUUUUCAUCAAGAGAUGCUGACUGUUAACAGAAACCGAGCUACAAAGUAUGAACUGUAGCAAUGGUCUUUGUAUCAUAUUUGAACAAUCUGGAUUUUAUUUUCAGCUGAGGAAUGUAUGUUUAGCAGGUAAUUAAUUCCUCCACUUUGUGAAAUUUGAAACUACCAAGAAAGUUCCCAGCUCCUAUGAAA